AGAUUAUCUAUCUUGCCAAUAUCGCGUGCUGUCGCACGUCUCUAGAUCUUCUCCAACAAUCUUCUAACCUUCGUUUCGUUCCAUUAAUUGUUUCCUUCGGUCUUUUAAUUUCGCCAGAAAAACCCAAAAACCCAGCAGCGCUCCCCAUCUGGUUCCCUUUCUACUCCAUUAUGGUGUCUGGUACACGAUAACUCCAUCAAGAACUGUGAUCAAGAUGGCUGCGCCCGUGUGUUGAGACAGGACGAGUUUGGGUGGCUGGCGUCACUAAUCGUUAACCGCCCACUCAGUUAAUUUAUUUCAAUCAUCAGCCGUGAUGAGGUUGUGACCAACGUUUGUGACCACUCACGCUGAUAUCGGUGAGCGCUCAUGACCAGUGAAGAUGAAUCCGAGGUCCUCAGCGACCUCAGCAACAUAUUGGCAGACCCUCCGGCGAAACGGGCUCUAUGCAACAAGUGCAGGCGACCGCCAGCGGUGUGCUGGUGUUCGUCCCUGCCCGAGACACCGGUUCCUGUUUCAAGCAAGGUCUUCAUCUUGCAGCAUCCUGGAGAGGUGAAACGAAACCUCCGCACGGCUCCCAUGCUCGAAGCUGCUCUGGACAGCGAACACUGCGUCGUCUUGAGGGGCCGUCGCUUCUCCAGGGAGCGUCACGGGGCCCUGAAUGCAAUGCUAGAUGGCGAUGAAGGACCUUCCUUAGGGGACACGCUGGUCCUGUACCCUGGCCCCAACGCCGAGCCCCUAGAGGACCUCCCUACUGUUAGAGAACGGGGCCGCGGCUACAACCUGGUCUUGCUCGACGGGACUUGGUCCCAGGCAAGGUCACUCUUCCACAAUAGCCCCCACCUCCAUAGGCUAAGACAGGUUCAAAUUAACCCCAAUCGGACGAGCAGCUACGUCAUUCGCACCCAACCGACGCGGGAGUGUCUGUCUACAGUCGAGACGGUCGCCUAUGCCCUUUCAGUGCUCGAGGAAAAUCCUCAGCUUCAGGAG